AUAGUUUGUAAUGGCACCUGCCAAGAGCGUAGUCGCUGAAGUUUGCGAUAUCAGAUGCUGUCAAGAACUUCGUUUCUGGCGAGCAGUAGCUGCCGAAAUGCUUGGCACGUUUCUUUUCUUGUUCAUCCUUCUAUCAUCAACUAUCUCCUGGAACGACCAAACGCCAACCAUCUUGCAAAUCUCGUUCGCCGCCGGUCUGGCAAUUGCCACUUUGGUGCAAUGUUUCGGUCACAUCAGCGGUGGUCAUUUAAACCCAGCGGUAACGGUGGCGAUGCUUUUCACUGGUAAAAUUGGAGUCUUUAAGUCACUUUUCUAUAUCAUUGCGCAAUGUGUUGGUGCUAUUGGCGGUGCUGCUUUAGUAUUCGGUGUUACACCGGAGGAAGUUCGAGGGAAUAUGGGUGCCAAUGUACUAAAUGCUUACGUCACUGCGAUUCAAGGAUUCGGGAUAGAGUUUACUUUGACGUUCAUUCUGGUGUUUACAGUGUUUGCUACCACCGACGAAAGGAAUGAAAUCUCAGGCAGUAAACCAUUGGCUAUCGGAAUUGCUGUGAUUAUUGCACAUCUUGUGGGGAUUGGAUACACAAGUGUUGGUAUCAACCCAGCCAGGACACUGGGGGCGUCUGUCAUGAUGAAAAUGUUUGAUGACCACUGGGUUUUUUGGGCUGGUCCAUUGGGUGGAGGGGUGGCAGCUGGAUGGAUAUAUGUGUUCACAUUCGGACGACAAUUCGACACAGAAAAGCGAGAGACCGAAUCUGAAAAGUACACAGAACACCAUAAAUAUCUGGAGAGUAUUUCAAUGGAUAGUGCAAACGACAGGUCGACGUUUGUAGUCGAAGACGCGCCAGGUGUGAAGGUUGAUACGGUAAACUUGAGCAAUGAAGUAACUACCUUAUGAGCUGAUGUCGCAUGUUGAACGAUGAGGGCGCACCGGCGGAAACUUGAAUACAUGUCCUGAUGCAGUUAAUACAAUAUUACAGAAAUUCCUCUACUGCUAUUUCCAACUGAUUUUUUCCAAUAUAUUCUUUUUCACUUGUUUCGAUGUUCAUUUUGUAACAAAGACUAAUUUUGCAAUGAUAUUUCAUAAUUAUUGUGAAAGUUAAUAAAAGGCGAUAAAAAAUAUA